UCUGGAGACUACAUCAAGAUGAAAACAUGCAAGUCUGGUGACCUGACGUCGAUGUAGGCUCCAUGGUGUUCACUUCUUUCCUAGGUUGACGUGGAAGGAAGUUUGUCGAUGUUGACGAUGCACUUGCCCCACUUUUACGGUAUCACGUGCGGACCCGUUAAUCGAUCUCGCGCUCAGCCAUCCAAAGCUGCCCGCCAUCCAUACACCGGCGCGUCACCACCAUGCCCUCCUCAGACUACACAGCGGCCACAGGCGGUGCGCUGAAACUCAAAGGUGGCGCCGGCGUGGACAAAAAGAAGAAAAAGAAGAAGCCAAAGACUACCGAAUCCACAAAACCCUCCGAAGACACGUCCACCGGCGUCGCGAAACGGUCGCCUACCGACGAUGACGCGCGCAAGUCACCUUCGGGCACACCAGGCCGCUCUAUGUCACCCGAGACUGCAGAGCGAUCGAUACGAGAGGGCGGCGGCAGGCAGAAGACAGAAGCGGAAAGACGGUAUGACGAGAUGCGAAGGAAGAGGUUGGAGGAGAGGUUGAAGAAGGAGGGAGUCAAGACACAUAAGGAGAAGGUGGAGGAACUCAACAAGUACUUGAGCGGACUGAGCGAGCACCACGACAUGCCCAAGAUCGGACCUGGCUAACGCGCUUGGGUGGUGGCUGGCUGCGACAUGACGGCGGAUAUCAGCUGUACACAAAGGCAUCUCGAAGACUACCGACUACAAUGCCACAUCUAUCCGACAGAUCGAAAAAAAACAACGAACUACUCCGAGAACGACAUACCUUCAUCUGCUAUGCGUGUGGACGGGCCAUUGGGAAUGUCUGCGACUGUGUACCCGACACAAGGAUAUAGUCAGGGGGAUGGAUGGAGACCUUGCCGACGGCUUUUGAUAUUUCAUCUGAACCCUUCAAAUGGGCAACGAAUUGCAGACUUGCGCUUUUGAUACACCGUACCGAAGCGAGAAAGCUACCUUCAACCC